AUGCUCCAAACGUCUCGAUUACUCUGCUCGGUGAUAUUCCUCACUUUUGUGAUUGCCAGAUAUGAGGACAGUCAGUAAAUUCUCCCGUCUUCUCCUACCCCUCCGUCAAUUUAUUCAGAAUACGAUCGUUCCAAAAUGCCGUGGGAUCUAAGACCCAUCGAUCGAUUCAUCGGAUUGUGGUCUUUGGAGGUGAGAUUCGGAAUCGGUUCUUCAACUUCCCUCUCUGUUUCUCUCCGUCUUCUUAUUCGCAUCCAAUCAGUACUUUCGACGAUAAAACACUCUCUUUGUUCUAAUGGGAAAGGGAACAAUGCGAGGGAUUUCAGACGUCGUCGGGUCGUCAGAGGGACCUUCCGCCGCCGUCGCAGAUCGAUUAUGCCAUCAAUCCAAUUCCAAAGUUCGGAGCCAGAGCUGUCAAUAUCACGUAAGGCUCGGAUCUUUUUGCACACCUUCCGAAUAAUCAAUUUCAGUCACACGUACUUCGAACGGAAUAGCGUCGUCCGUCACGACUACGGAUUCAUGCCGGUGAAGAACGCGACGAGAAGGGAUCCACGCGUGCACGUCGCCUACCUGACCACUUCGAGCCAGGGAUGGUCGAUGAUGGAGCAGGGGCAAGUGAAAGAGGGCAAGAUGACGUUCCAUCUGAAGCAGUUCAUGAGAAGAAGUUUCGACGUAGGCAACAACAACAAUCUGGAGAUUCGAGAGUUUGAGAGACAGCUCGAGUUGCCCGACUACAACACGAUGAUCAUGAAGGUACUACUGCUCUUCUAGAAGAUUCUCUCCAUCCAUUCGUUUCAGAUCCGCGCCGAGACCGCCUACGACACGGAAACGUACACGGCCACCUAUCGAAGAGUCUACUAA